GGAUCAAAUCAAAUGCUACGAAAGAACAGAAAUAUAGUAUUCCUAUUUCAAAAUUUCAAAGAAAUCUGACAAUGUAGUCACGUCAAGCGUCAAGGCGAGUCAAACAAACGGAACGGACAUCAUAAACUUCGCGUUCAUUGAAAAUUGUGUUUUUAAUUUUCCAAACCCUUUCCAAAUGUCUACGGAGAAAGAUAAUGGUGAAGCUGAACCCGAGACCUUGGAAGAAGCAGGAAUAUUGGAGGCAGAUGUUGGCGCUAAUUUUGACCAGCAGCUGGCGGGCAUCGACCCGAAGCUGAAGAUCAACAUGGACCCCCAGGCGCACCGCCACCUCAGGCCUGAGAUGAUGUUUAUACGAGAGGAGUUGCGGCAGGCUAAAAUGCAGACUCUUGCUGUACGCCGUACAGCGUUAAAGAAGCUUUUGCUGAAGGAUUUCAUGCAAGAAGACUGCGAGCUGAAGAAUAUGGGGCUCUCGUACGCUCCGCCUGAUCCGUAGGGCUUUGAUAUAGAACCUUCCCAGUUUCCAUACUAUUUGACCAGCAGCCUGCCACAAUGCGAAAAUAUUUUGUUAACGAUGUUUUAUUGAGAUAUUUAAGUUAGCCUCUGACUGCAGUCUCACCUGAUGGUAAGUGAUGUUGCAGUCUAAGAUGGAAGCAGGCUGACCUAAAAGGGGAACGGCAGUUUCUUAUCAAACCCAUACCCUUUUUUGGUUUCUACGCGGUAUAGUACCGGAACGCUAUUAUCGCUUGACAGCACGGCUCUGCCGGUAGUGUCCGACCGUCGACCGAAGCCUCCCGUCAGACCAGACCAGACAAAAUUUAGAAAUUAUAAAAUUUCUAAUUCGAUUUCCUGCUGGGAAUCGAACCCGGGACCUGCUAAGAUUACAAAGCUCACCACUGCGACAGGGAGUUCGUCAGAAUUAAUAGGUCAAGUAGCAGGUCAAUACCUACUUGUAGUAGGUAGGAUAUUUACUUACAUAUACUUACUUCAACUAACUCGAUUAGAAUACCUAGGUAUCAUUAUAAUGUUAACCUAGUACUCAAACACUUCAAUAUAUCUAGUUAUUAUGUUAA